CUUCUCCAUCGCUUCUUCAACAUCACCAAACCACCUUUCGCCGCCCAUCACGCCCGAAAAGUGAUCGGCUUGCACACAGCAUUCGCAGCGCAUUUCAGAGGCCUUCAGCUGCCUCAACCCCCCCUUUUCAACAGAACCACCCCUCCCAACACAGCCAUAUAUGACCAGAAUACAACCGUUACCAAUGACCUAUUCCACGAUCGAGACCACCGCAGUCACACUUUAAACCCCACGGGAGCGCGCGCGCAAGCGAGCGAGGAGCUGCACGUAGUUCAAGAGAGAGUUACACAUUUAGAAGCGAUAUUCAACCAUCGUUCUGCCGCCUGCCUCAACCUGUUAGCCACACAGUAUCAUCGGCCUCUGGCAUACGACCAUUGUCAAUACCCCCUUUACCAAACAAACAACCACAAUCAACAUGCCUGGAGCCAGUGUUGCUGUGCUGCCGCCAACGGCCGCCUCUGCGCCUACACGAAAGACUGCCCUUGCGCCGGAACGCAAGUACAAGUGCCAGUUCUGCAAUCGCGCUUUUAGCAGAAGUGAGCACCGCAGUCGCCACGAGAGAUCACACACCAAAGAGCGCCCUUUCAAAUGUAUGAAGUGCAGAAGUACCUUUGUCCGCCGCGAUCUGCUACUCAGACAUGACCGAACUGUCCACGCCAAGGACGGCGGUGUUCCCCUCCACAGCGACGGAAAGCGUCGUGCCGGGCCCAAGACGCGUGCUAUCGACGGCCCACCCAAGUCCUCCAUUGCUGCCCUUGAUGCGUCCACAUUGGAGCAGAUGGAAAAUGGUGCCGAUGGCAUAUUCGACGUUGAGGCUGCUGCUAUGCUUGUUGCCGACCUACACCACAAGGCUACUGCUGCCAUGCGCAACGACGACAGUUUUGACGACAGCAGCAAUUACUCGCCCCGCCAUGCAGGAUCCAUGGAGCCUGCUGUUACGUACCCUUCCGGCGCAAUUGCCUUGCCUCAAGUUCAGUGGGAUAACUUUAUGCAACAAAACGUCAACGAACCCAGAGCCCACUCCAUUACAUCCAGUGUUUCUGCGUCUAUGGAGUCGCAACAGUCCUUUGCUAGCAGCGCCACGAUGAAGCCUGCACGCAUCAACGCCUCUGGUGCAGACCCUAGCGGCUUCAUUCCCGCCUUGCAGUCUAUGAUUGGAUCCUUUAGCCAUGCCGAUGUCUCAUCUCACGCACCUGCUGUUGACCCUUCGCAGACUGGCUUCCGGGUGCCCCAAGUCGCCAACGAUGAUGAGCGCAACAUGAUUCUCGAUAUCAUUCGCAACCAUGACAGAGAACAAGCAAUCCCAGAUGGUUUCCGUUUACCAGGUCUCGGCUCGUUGAACCGCUACCUGUCUACCUAUUUCGGGCUGUUUCACCACCAUCUGCCGUUUCUGCACCCCGCCUCAUUCAACCCUUCACAGGUUUCACCCCCGUUACUCUUGGCCGUCCUCAGCAUUGGUGCCUUGUACGCCUUUGAUCAAGAUCAAGCCUACAUGCUUCACAUUGGCUCCAAAGUUUUGGUGAACCAGUUCCUACAGAACAAGGAGAACUUCAGCUCUAGAAAGUGCCCCCUGUGGACCAUGCAAAGUUCGUUGCUCAAUAUGAUCUUUGCAAGCUGGAGCGGAGAUCCCAAGGGACUUGAGUGGGCUUGUUCGAUCAAGAGUCUGCUCGCCAACAUGGUUGCUGGUAACCGCUAUGAGCUAAACCUUCGACAGGAGGCCCGUGGAAAUACUCUACCCACCCGCGCUGAGUGGGUCGAAGACGAAUGCUGCCGCCGUACCUACUACGCCGUCUACAUCUUCUUUGGCUUGCUGACCUUGACGUAUAACCACACUCCAGCCAUCGGCUUCAAUGAGUUUGAAGACCUCCAGCUGCCUUCAACCGAAGCGCUUUGGAACCUUCAGGUCUCGGAUGAAGCCUCUUGGCAGGAGGCCCUCGGUGCUUCACCCGCUGUCACCUUCAUGGUCGCUCACGGAACCUUGUUCCAAGGUGACAAUAUGCGCUACAGUGCUUUUGCAGCCCGUGUCAUGGUUAACGCUCUUUUCUUGGAAGUCUGGUACCACAAGCGAAGCCCCGAAGCCUUGCAGGAUGUCGUUACCGAGUACAAGCUUCGCCUCGCCUUGGAAACUUGGGAGAAGUCGCUUGAACUCUGCGACCCUGAGGCGACGGUGAUUCCUCUGAGCGCUCCCCAUAAGGGACAUCCUCUCCUCUUCAACGCCAAGGCCAUGUACCGCAAUGCUCGUGCUCGUCUUGAGGUUGAUCUCAAGGGUGUUCAGGAAGCGCUGCGAUAUCACGAUCCUUAUGAGGUUGGAGCAGCCAUGUCUCGCGCCAGAGACCGUGUCAAGCGUACCAGCGAGAUGAUCAAGGUCAUCGAGGAAUGCUACAACUGCAUCGAAACCGCCGUUGUCCAGGGCGUGCGCUGGGUUGCUAGAACUUCGCCCACUAACUGGAGCGUUGAGCACCCGCUCUGCGGCCUGGAUCUCAUGAUUAUCCUCUCUCUCUGGCUCUAUCGUCUGGAACAUGAUGAAGAGCCCGCGACACAAGAGGAGCUGGUCAUGUACAACAAGGUUCGACAGCUGUUUGUCAACGAUAUUGAUGAGAUUCACAUGUCGCAUCUCAGCUCUAUCGUUGCCCGACUCUGGGGCUCCAUGCUCGACGAAGUUGUUGUUUGGGGUAUCACCCGUUUGAUGGGCGAAUCGUUCAAGCUUCACUCACAAGCCCUUGUCGGCUUCGUCGACGACCGCGAAGCUGCCUCUACCGUUUCAACACCCUCGAUGACCUCGCAGGGUGCUGACGAGGACAGCGUGUAUUAACUUCCAUGACUGAAACGAAUAUUUCCUUGCUAUCUACACCAAAUUGUCAUUGCACGCCAACCUCGCGUGUUUAAUCUUCAUUAUGCGACUCUAUGCAAAUCGGCGUUUUUCUUUUUUACUCUUCUUAUUCGGAAUUGGAGUUUUGGGUUCUCCUCUUAUUAUUUCAUUGUUCACCUCUCCUAUGUUUGUCUUUUGAUACAGCUCCUGAGACAGAGCAGGAUGCUGUUUGCAAUACUUUGACUUUUUUGGUUAUUGCUUUGACAGAUGCAACCUCCUAUCAGUGGAUAACUUUCGGCAACGCCUAAUUUUGCAGGGACAUUAUUGGACGCCCCUGCGUAUAUGUCCACGAAGCGUGGUCGAUUUUCGAUCUGGAUGUCUUUUUUUUGUGUUUUGAUGCGCGCAUAAUGGCCUUGCAUUUCGUCUUUUCUUCUUUAAUUUGUUACGCGCGUUUCCUUUUUUUUUUUUUCACAUGGCGAUUCAACUUUUUUUUCUCUCUAUAUUUCCUUGUCUCCUAUUUCCUUUAGACUGCUUUGACAUAUAUGGCAUUGCUGUCUUGUAUUUCUUUUCUACUUGUCGACACUCACGCAAAUGGUCGCUUGUUUUGAUACCUUGUUCGAUAUAAAUUGUUGUCUUUCCUUAAUUGAGCUGGGGUCGCGGCUUUGAUGGAUAUUUGAGGCUUGGAUCUCUUGAUGAGGCUGGUUCUCCGAGGAGUUUUGAUGAGAGGGAUUUGGCCGCCGGCUCGUGUAUAGAUACUUGGUACUUUGAAAUUUUAACCAUUGUUCUCUGUCAUA